AUGAAAGGAGCAGUAUUAUAUAGUCUUGGAACACCAAAGUAUGCUGAUAUCGAUGAACCAGUACCACAAAACGAUCAACAAGUUGUAGUAAAGGUAUUGGCAUCGACCGUUAAGCAAUUAGAUAUCAGUAGAUCCAACGGUAGACACUAUUUGCCAUACAAAGAUUUCCCAUGUACUGUUGGUGUCGAUGGUGUUGCACAGUUGGACGAUGGUACUCUCAUCUAUUGUUGGGGUAUCACCGGUAUGAUCGCAGAGAAAGCGUUGGUCACCAAAGGAAAGUGGGUUGUCUUGGAUAAGGAUACCGAUCCAUUGGCUGCCGCUGCUCUGCCAAAUGCAGUUCUCGGUGCCGGUAUGGCAUUGAAGAUUCGUGGUCAAAUCAAAGAGGGGGACACCGUGCUAAUCAAUGGUGCCACCGGAUUCACAGGCAAGGCAGCCGUUCAAUUGGCAAAGAUCUACGGUGCCAAGCGAGUAAUCGCCACCGGACGUAACCAAGCUUCGUUGGACGAGUUGAAAAACAACUUGGGUGCUGACGAGAUUAUCUCUCUGGCACAGACAGACGAAGCUAUCAUUUCACAGGUCAAGAAGCUACAUGCUGAAUCACCGAUCAGCGUUGUCAUCGAUUACAUUUGGGGCAAGCCAGCCGAGUUGGUAUUGACCGGGCUGAUCGGAACUGGACACGACUACCAACAGGUUCGUUAUGUAUCGGUCGGUGAGAUGGCAGGACCAACCGUCAAUGUAAAGUCAUCACUUCUCAGAUCGACAGCAAUCGAAAUUCUUGGAUCCGGUCUUGGUUCAUUCCCAGCCGGUGCCAUCGAAAAGUUCAACGUUGAAAAUCUCAACUCAUUAUUACAAACAGUCAAGAGCGGUCAACUUAAACUUCAUCUCAAAGUGGUUGAUUUGAAAGAUAUCGAAUCAAAUUGGGGUGGACAGCCAGAUGAAGGUAGAAUUGUAGUAAAAAUCCAAUAA